UCGUUUGGCUAAUAAUUCAAAUGGAAUCAAAAGAAUGGAGCUCCGGCGUGUGGACCCACCUCACGGCCGUCAGGCGGCGAUCGCCGCUAGUCCAGUGCAUCACCAACCUCGUCUCAAUGGAUCUCGUGGCCAACACGCUUUUAUCCGCCGGCGCAUCACCGGCGAUGGUUCAUUCCAUCGCCGAGGUUCCUGAUUUCACACCUCAUAUUCACGCGCUCUGCGUCAACGUCGGCACGCUUACUCCUGAUUGGCUCCCCUCCAUGAAAGCCGCCGCCGAACUCGCUUCUCAGCUAAAAAAGCCUUGGGUUCUCGAUCCCGCCGCCGUGAGCUGCUCCGGUUUCCGGUUAAAGGCGUGCUUGGAGCUCGUUGAGCUUAAACCUAGCGUGAUCAAAGGAAACGGUUCUGAGAUUAUUGCUCUCUCCUCGGCUUCACGGAGUCACACUAAGGGUGCGGAUAGCUCUCAUGAAUCUACAGAGGCUAUAGAAGCUGCCAAGUCACUAGCUUUGUCAAGUGGUGCUGUUGUUGCGGUUUCAGGAGCUGUUGAUAUCGUUACGGAUGGGAAACGGGUUAUUGGUGUCCACAACGGGACAAAGAUGAUGCAAAAGAUCACUGCGACUGGAUGUUCUCUAGCUGGUCUGGUCGCUGCUUUUCUUGCUGUCGAUCCGUUACAGCCGCUGGAGGCUACUGUUUCGGCUAUGUCUGUCUUCGGCAUCGCGGGUGAGUUGGGUGAAGCGAUGGCGAAUGGUCCAGCUUCUUUGAGAAUGCAUUUGAUUGAUUCUCUUUACGGUUUGGAUGAAACCACUGUGCUUAACCGUGUGAGAAUCACCAGUUUGGGUUGAUGUACAACAAAGAUUUUGUGAUUUGCUUUCAAUCAAUAAGUGUUACACA